AUGCGUGGCUAGCGUCCUCUAAGUCCGUAAUCAAACUAAUAAUAAAGUGAAAAAAUGAAGUUAGCCCAAACAGCAAUCAAAAAACGAACAUCUAAACCUAAUUUCUUUACUACAUAUAGAACUCAUGUAAUUAUAUCAAUCAUUAUUGGGAUAAUCAUCAUUGUCGUGUUGUCAUUUACUAAAUAAAUAAAAGAAUAUAUCAUCAUUAAUUAGUCAGAAAUCAACUCUCACAAUUCCUAAGGAUACCCUUAUACUUUAGGACCUAAUAAUUUCUUCCAUAAUGUAACAUUAAUGCAAGCCAAAACUUUGUUUAAGAAUGAUUUCACAUAAUAAAUUAAUGUAGAAAAAUGCAAAGUACCUAUUAAUUUCGAAAUUCCAACCUAUUUCAAUUUCAAAGAAUCCUACCCUAAUUGCUCUCACACUAUAUUCAAUCAAGGCAAUUGUUCAUCCUCUUAUUCUAUUGCUGUCUCCUCGGCCUUCUCAGAUAGAGUCUGUAAACUCAACCAAACCCAAUAAUUGUCAGCAUAGAAUCUAUUAUCUUGCGAUGGCAAAUUGAAUCAAGGAUGCACAGGAGGACACAUCACUAGAUCAGCUGAAUAUAUUAUUAAACAUGGUUUGACUACUAAUGAAUGUCACCCAUUCAGAGGUGAUGACAAUUUCUAAGAAUGCACAAAAGCACUUGAAAAAUGCUAAAGAUUUAAAGCUAAUUCAUUUUGUCAAUUGUAAAAUAAGGAUGAUAUAAAACGAGACAUUAUAAAUAGAGGUCCUGUUGUUGCUAUUAUGCAAGUCUACAAAGACUUUUUAGUUUAUAGAGAUGGAGUAUAUUAGGUUUUAGAAGGAACACCUAGAUUUCAUGGAGGACAUGCUAUCAAAAUUAUUGGAUGGGGAGAAUAAAAUGGAUAUUAAUAUUGGAUUAUUGAAAACACAUGGGGUACCAGUUGGGGAACUGAAGGAUUAGCAAAACUGGCUAUGGAUGGUUUUAUAGAUCUGUCAUUACAAGCAUUAUCAAUUAUUUAUUGAAGAUUAUAUUAAAGUAUGCAUAUUUAUGAUGUUAAUAAUUCAAA